CUCACCUGCACUUGAAAACGAGAGCCGCAGCAGCAGCCCGGUCUCUUCUCUUACGCCACCGGGACUGCCUGUCAGAGGCAGUGUCUACUGCGAUAAACCGUCACAUACGAGGAUCCACGACCACAAUCCAACAUGGUGAACUUCACUGUGGAUCAGAUCCGGGCCAUUAUGGACAAAAAGUCCAACAUCAGGAACAUGUCCGUGAUCGCCCAUGUGGAUCACGGGAAGUCCACGUUGACUGACUCGCUGGUGUCCAAGGCUGGGAUCAUAGCCUCGUCCCGGGCUGGGGAGACCCGCUUCACGGACACACGCAAAGACGAGCAGGAGCGCUGCAUCACUAUUAAAUCAACGGCCAUCUCCAUGUACUACGAGCUUGGAGAGAAUGACUUGGCAUUCAUCAAGCAGAGUAAAGACGGAAACGGCUUUCUCAUCAACCUGAUUGAUUCCCCAGGUCAUGUUGAUUUCUCCUCUGAGGUCACUGCUGCCCUCAGAGUCACUGAUGGUGCCUUGGUGGUGGUGGACUGUGUCUCAGGUGUGUGCGUCCAGACUGAGACCGUACUGCGGCAGGCCAUCGCUGAACGCAUUAAGCCAGUUCUGAUGAUGAACAAGAUGGACCGAGCCCUUCUAGAACUGCAGCUGGAGCCAGACGAGCUCUACCAGACGUUUCAGCGCAUCGUGGAGAACGUCAACGUCAUCAUCUCCACCUAUGGAGAAGAUGAAGGGGGCCCCAUGGGGAACAUCAUGAUCGAUCCUGUUAUCGGAACAGUUGGAUUCGGCUCCGGGCUCCACGGCUGGGCUUUCACAUUGAAGCAGUUCGCUGAAAUGUACGUAGCUAAAUUCGCAGCGAAAGGAGUCGCUCAGCUGGGGCCAGCAGAGAGGUGUAAAAAGGUGGAGGACAUGAUGAAGAAGCUAUGGGGAGAGAGAUAUUUUGACCCAAGUGCUGGCAAAUUCAGUAAGACAGCCUCCGGUCCUGACGGCCAGAAAUAUCCUCGGACCUUUUCUCAGCUUGUUUUGGAUCCCAUUUUUAAGGUGUUCGAUGCCAUCAUGAAUUUUAAAAAGGAAGAAACAGCCAAGCUAAUUGAAAAACUGGAUGUCAAACUGGACUCUGAGGACAAGGACAAGGAAGGGAAGCCUUUGCUGAAGGCUGUGAUGCGCCGCUGGCUUCCUGCUGGAGAGGCCUUGCUCCAGAUGAUCACAAUUCAUCUGCCCUCUCCUGUCACUGCACAGAAGUACCGCUGUGAGCUGCUCUACGAAGGACCGGGAGACGACGAGGCUGCCAUGGGUAUCAAGAACUGUGAUCCCAAGGCUCCUUUGAUGAUGUAUAUUUCUAAGAUGGUACCAACAAGCGACAAGGGGCGUUUCUACGCCUUUGGACGCGUGUUUUCUGGCUGUGUGUCCACAGGCCUGAAGGUGCGCAUCAUGGGGCCAAACUUCACGCCUGGAAAAAAGGAAGACCUGUACAUCAAACCUAUUCAGAGGACUAUUCUGAUGAUGGGUCGGUAUGUGGAGCCUAUUGAAGAUGUUCCAUGUGGUAACAUUGUGGGUCUAGUUGGAGUUGACCAGUUCUUGGUUAAGACUGGGACCAUCACCACCUAUGAACAAGCCCACAACAUGAGGGUGAUGAAGUUCAGUGUGAGUCCCGUGGUCAGAGUUGCGGUGGAGGCAAAAAACCCAGCCGACUUGCCCAAACUGGUUGAGGGCCUGAAGCGCCUUGCCAAGUCAGACCCUAUGGUGCAGUGCAUCAUCGAGGAGUCAGGAGAGCACAUCAUCGCCGGAGCAGGAGAGUUGCACCUGGAGAUCUGCCUCAAAGACCUGGAGGAGGACCAUGCCUGCAUUCCACUCAAGAAAUCCGACCCGGUGGUGUCUUACAGAGAGACAGUGACAGAGGAAUCAGAUCAGAUGUGUCUGUCUAAGUCGCCCAACAAGCACAAUCGACUCUUCAUGAAAUCCCGUCCGUUCCCAGAUGGCCUGGCUGAAGACAUUGAGAAAGGGGAUGUCACCGCUCGGCAGGAGCUCAAAGCUCGUGCACGUUACCUCGCCGAAAAAUACGAGUGGGAGGUGGCUGAAGCAAGGAAGAUCUGGUGUUUCGGUCCCGAUGGAACUGGUCCCAAUCUGCUGAUAGACAUAACAAAAGGAGUCCAGUACCUUAAUGAGAUCAAGGACAGUGUGGUGGCUGGUUUCCAGUGGGCAACCAAAGAGGGCGCACUGUGCGAAGAAAACAUGCGCGCAAUCAGGUUUGACAUCCAUGACGUCACACUGCAUGCAGAUGCUAUUCACCGCGGUGGAGGACAGAUUAUCCCCACUGCUCGCAGGGUCCUGUAUGCCUGCCAGCUCACAGCUCAGCCUCGCCUCAUGGAGCCAGUUUAUCUCGUGGAGAUACAGUGCCCAGAACAGGUGGUUGGUGGGAUCUAUGGUGUGUUGAACAGGAAGCGUGGGCACGUCUUUGAGGAGUCCCAAGUUAUGGGAACUCCCAUGUUUGUGGUGAAAGCCUACCUGCCAGUCAAUGAAUCCUUUGGUUUCACAGCCGACCUGCGCAGUAAUACUGGUGGCCAGGCCUUCCCUCAGUGUGUGUUUGACCACUGGCAGAUUCUCCAGGGAGACCCCAGCGACCCUACCAGCAAGCCCUUCCUAGUUGUUAGUGAAAUUAGGAAACGCAAGGGUCUGAAAGAGGGCAUCCCGGCCCUCGACAACUACUUGGACAAAUUGUAAACCCCCCGACUGCUGGAUCAUAAAAUACCAAAUCAACACAAAACCCCACCCCAUGGGCACUUUAAAAACCUUUGCACAGGCUUAAAGAUUCAUCACACAGUUUGUUUUUUGACUCGGAGCCCAGGGCAGAAUCAAAGCUUUAGCUGUAAGGUAGUGGAGCAGUGAUGCUUUUUUUGUCAUUUCAUAGCUACCGUACACCAAGUGCCUAGGGUGAGGGUUUUAGAAAACAUUUGGAUCAAAGCAGUAAUUCCUCAUUUCUUCUGUUCCUUCACUUCACCCCUCCUAUCUCCUUUCCUUCAACGUAUCUGCUAGGAUGGGCCUGUACAGUGCACUGUGAUACUGCUGCAAUAACGCUCAUAAAUGGAUCAUGGCCAGAUAUAAACCACAGAAGCCACAAAAAAGUGUUACAGAAGUAAACUGACUGAAGAGAGCUUUUGUUCAGUGGAUGUAAUGAAAUAAAAGAAAUAAAAUCAUGAUACAAAUGUGA